GGCGCCGAACAAAAAAAAAAAAAAAGUGCGCAUGCCCAGUGAAAUCAGUUGUGCCAAAACUAAAAGGGAUGUCUGAGUUGUAUCGUUGAAGUGCUUGCGAGACGAAUCGUAAUUUAUAAGCGAUAUCGGGUGUUAUAUAUCGUUCUUUUUGCUUACAGUUAUUUUGUUAUGUUCUGUUGCAAAAACGUGUAAAUAGCUAGAUCUGUUAACAUGUUUUGAUUUCAUGCGUUAACUCGUUGGCGAAUUACAAUGAGCUAACUGGCUGUUUACAGUCUCCUAGCUGUCUAAGAUGUCAAUGUUGGGUUGCACAGCAGUAAACCAGGGUCCGCAUAUUGGACUGCAGCAGCUGGCGGCGUUAGCUGCAGCGGCAAAUGCCUUCUUGGGUCCCAAUAAAAAGUGCAAAAUCGUGGAUGGCCAGGAGAGCGGGGAGUCCAGCCUGGUGUGCUCCUCCUUCCGUCUACUGGUGCAGUUGGAUCUGAGCUGCGCAGCUGGACAACUGCUCAAUGAGACUACACAGGCACACCAGAAGGCGUUUGGCACAGGAACUGGCUGCCUGCUGUUCAUGGCGGGAGUCUGGAGCACGACGGCUGUGGAGUGCCUCCAGGAGGGGGUACCUGUUCAGCACAUAGUGUCGGCUAUGUUGGAGGGGCUGGACUCAUGCUUGGAAGCAAGCAGGGGAAUCCGCCUGCCAAUCAAGGAGGCUGUCCGCCAUUUUGGCUCUGGAGGGGAUAAACGACUGGACAAGCACAGAGAUCCCAAGAGCAUUGAAAAAGCGCAGAAGGGCGAGACUUGCGAGCCACAAGCUGUCCUGAGGGGAAAAGCGAACAUAAAACUGACGCACAGCAGGCAUUUCGGCUUGGGUGAAAGGACAGAGACAGGAAGCUUUGUACCAGGGAUGAUGUCAUCAUCAUCAUCAUCACUUUCAGGGAAGCCUGAACCCCUGGAUGUUACCCGCCUUGCUGUCUCUGUGAGUCACGGUUGUGAGGAUGGGAUGAGUCUGGUUGUUGAAGCCUACAGAAUUCAGACGGAGAGUAGCAGGGUAGACGGCGACCGUGGGAUGUUUGACCUCGACAAACUGGUAACGUGUGUCCUGCCUGGGCUGCCUGAGGGCUGUUCCUGCACCCUCCACGGGUUCCUCACUCUCGUCUCCGAGGAGCAGGCUCCAACCGCUAAAGGCCUAGAGGGCCAAAGUCUGCGUGUGGCUGUCAUCAAUGGUGACCUUACCAAGAGUUACCACCACCUGGGCUUCAGCAGGCCGACUGAUGUUCGGCACAUGACCGGAAAGCUAGAUUGUCUGGGGUUCCAUUCAGAGAGCGAUUGGGCCCGGAAAGCAUUGGCGACUCUGCAGCGGCUGAAGGUGGAUGUGCUCCUGGUUGGUGGAAUGGUUGCAGAGGGUCUACGCCAGAGUUGUGUUGAGCAAGGCCUCCUAGUGAUCGAGAGGGUGAUGCGUGGCGUCUUGCAUGACUUCGCUGAAACUACAGGAGUCAUGCCGGUCACCUAUCUGUCUCAGCUGGAUGAGGACUGCAUAGGCAAAGGGGCAAGGGCAUUCAUGUGGCGGGAAUGUGGAAAAGCUGUGGCUGUUAACAUUCAGGCAAAUGCAACCCGGCUUGUGACGGCGGUAAUCACUAGCUGUGUUAGCAGUAAGCUACAGAUGUUGGAGGACCGAUUCUGGGGCUGUGCCCAUCGCCUUUAUCACGCAAUGGAGGAUGGCCACGUCCUGCCUGGUGCGGGGGGCACCGAAAUUCUCUGCGCCCACCAUCUUAGAGAACUCUCAAAACCUGAUGGCAACCGGACACACCCACUGGGAGACUCAAACCCGUAUAGGGGUGUGGUGCUCCAGUGCAUGGCGGAAGGGUGGGUGGAGUAUGUGGCUACAGUGAUGUGGAACUCCGCAGCGGUUCCCUCAAAGCUGGAAGCCUGGACGGUUAUUGACCAGUCUCUGAAGGGCUUGGGGGCUGGGACAUUACCAUGGACCCGCCUCUCGGAGCAUCUCCACGGUGAUGGAGGACAUCUUGCAGUCGUCUACGACAACGUGGAGGCAAAGUUGGAAGCCUGGAGGAAGGCCUUAGAUCUGGUCCUUCUGGUGCUUCAAACUGACACCGAGAUCAUCACUGGCUUCAGCACCAAAGAUGCCAAGCAGGAAUCCCAUCUCAUGUUGCUUUAAGAAUAUUUUUCAAAAAUGCUUAUGAAUGAAUAUAGUUUGUCUUUUGUUGGGAGCUUGUUUUUAAUACAUUGAGUCUUGCUUGCCCAUACUUAACAUAAAAACACAUUUGAAAACGGCAACACAACUGCAGACCACUGGGCCUAGAGCUUUUUGUGUAGUUUAUAGAUGAUAGUGUAGUCUAAAAAGAAUUUAGAAAAUCUUUUAAUUUUUCCAAGAUUUAUAUUUUUCUAGCUCUUUUACUGCACCAAGCGGAGUGCACUGUCUGUAAGAACUGGUGCCACCACAAGAUGGAGACAAAAGUUUGUGCACACUAGUGUUGCACAAACUCUUACCCAGUAAACAGAUGUUCUGUUUGACAUCCCACUGAAGGGAAAUUGUCUGAAGAAGUGCAGUUAGUCAGAGGAAGAGGGAAAUUUGUUAAGGAUAUAAACAACCUUACAUGACGCAACAAACGGUCUUUCAUCCACUAAGUUGUAAGAUCCAUUGUUCACACUUCGGAUCGUUUGUGGUGCUCAUUAAUACAUGGGUGGCAAAACCUGUGGGUGACAUUAGUAUCAUUAUUUACCUCCUUUAUGAAUGUUUGUGCAAUUUCUGUUCUUUUUAAAGGAUUUAUUCACUCCUGCACAUAAGUACACUUGUCAAACAAACUGUAUUCUCUUAGCCAAUGUGCUGUCUCGUCACUUAAACACAAACAUGAAGUUUGAAGAAGGGGCGACAUUUAAAUUUGCACGUCAGCUUUGGCUUUAAAGUGCCUGUGCCCUUCCCGUCAGGUGACAGAAUGCUGAGUGAUGUAAAAACAUACAGCAUUCAUUAGCUUGCUCACGAUCACUCAUCAAAAAGGCAUAGAGCGUUACCUUCCUCUUCCAAUUUAUUUAGUUUUGUGUUUCCUGUAAAUACUGUAAACUGAAAUAUUUCUUUGAUGAACUUACAAACAGCACAUAAAGUUAAUCAAAGAAGCAAAAGGAGUAAGCUAUCAAACAACUGUGCACAGCCAGACUGCCUAUUCACUGAGUUAAGUGGAAAUGGUGAAUGCGUACUCAAAUCCAUUUAAGGGUAAUGUUUAUUAAGUGGCUGUUAAAAUUACUGUCAUUAGUAAUUAUAACGUCCACUUAACAAACAUUACCCUUAGAUAGAUUUGAGUACAGCAUUCACUAUUUCCAUUCAACUCAGUGAAUAGACAGUCUGGCUGUGCACAUUGGUUUGAUAGCUUACUCAUUUUAUAAUGGAGCAGGCAUUAAUAACCUUCUUCAAAGCUUUGCCCUAAGGCCUCAAAUCAUUCAUUGUCCUUGUCUCUUGUAAAAAUAAAAUCUGUGAUGUUGUUGUAAGUUAAGUAGAGGCACCACAGGUGAAAAGGGUGAUUUUGAGAUAUUAUCAUAUUUAGUUCUACGACUAUUGUAGUUUCAUAAAAUAUCUGAAAAAAAUUUCAGAAACUACUUUAAAUAGUUAAUUAAAAUGUUUUUAUACCAGCAGCUUCAUGUAUACCAAACAAUAAAUUCGAUUUAAUAGCCAUUUUCUCUAAAUGACAUAUUCCCUGUAUUCUUUUCCAACUUGACUUAGAUAUGCCAAUGAAAUUUUACAUGGUGCUUCUUAACCAAAAUAGUUGGUAAUUUACAGAAGCUUUUUAAACUAUAUUUUGUAAUUUCUAUUGUAUGGGGUAUUUUAUGAGGAAAAAUAGCAAUAAAUAAAUGAAUUUUUGGGCAUAUACAUAGGAUUUUAAAAAUAAUUCAUGAAUAAAACAAAAAUUUGAAAAACCCCUCUAUGAAUUACCAGCUAUUGAGUUGUUCAUCCAAUUGAAACAUAAAAAUGAACUCUGACUUAAUCCACUGAAGAAAAAAGUGCUUUAACUAAUAUGAAAAUUUGAGCUUUUAACAAUUAAUGAGCUGAUUUGCAUAUAUUCCUAAAAAUAAAUGAAAGUCAUAAUAGAGAAAAUGUAUUUGUGUCCACGUUCAAAAUAGAAAAUGUCCUUUUGAUUAGAGGAAAGGAUUUUUUCCCCCUAUUCACCUGUGGUACCUGUCCUUAACCACAGUGUUAUGUUUAUCUGUUUCAUUAGAUAUUAACUAUGAUGGUGUAACUUGGCAUAAAUGAUCUUAAAUUCCACUUACUCUUCACAGUGCACUGUUUCUGAUUGAUAGUGCCAACACAGAGGCUACAAUUCAGUCUGCCAGCUGAACCCUCCUCUGUUUGCUAAUGCCUUUCCUAGCUCUCUUUAAUUGCUGAUCCACCAGUGGCAUACAUAGGGGCGACAUAGCUCAGGAGGUAAGACCGAUUGUCUGGCAGUCGGAGGCUGAUAGAUUCCCUCAUGAGACGAGGCUGGAGUUUAAUACACACAUUUUAAUCAUUUAACUUUGAUAAUAUUUCUUUUUUAAUGAUUUAACUUGGGUAAUAAAUUGCUUAUAUUUAAUUUCCAUGAUACAGACCUAACAAAAGUAGGCUAAAUAAAUCAGCAUUGCAAAAUAUAACAUUAAAUAAACAAAUCAAACCGUAUUACAAGACCGUAGCCUAUCUAUGACAGUACAAAAUGAUUACUACACAAUAGGACAACAAUAUAAUUUACAACUCUGCUAGGCAACUUAUAACUAUUGUAAUCAUUAUGUGAAUUGAGUAUAGCUUUCUAUUUUCACACUUUGGUGCAAGGUUAUUCCAAUUAAAAGCUUGGUCUGAAGGUAAGGAUAUUUGGUUUCCCCCACCAACAGUCCCCUCCCAAACACAGAACAGACACAGUCUUUUUGAGAGAUGUUUGUUUGGUUUCCUGUCCCAAAUGCAGCUUACCGGCUUACAUGGGCCCUUAAUGAAGAGGUCUGGAACUGGCCGGAUCUCCGAAACGAGAGCCCCGUUUCCUGUGAUGAGUCCAGAACUAAGCCACAAACAGUGGUUCUGUUUGUUUGAGGCUUUUUUUUGCACCUCACUCCAAAUUUAUGCAGCUUGGUCAACACCAAUAUGGGUACGCAUAACAGAGUUCUCGGUGGCAUAGGUGAGCCUCAGGUUUUGUGAUUAAAAUAGCCAUGCAGAACAAGCCUGGCACCAAGAAUCUUAGCCUGCUAGAAAAGACUAAAGAGUCUUUGUUUUAUUUAAACUUUAUUUAACAAUGAAGGUGAACAGGCAGGUUACUGUAAUUCAUAGGUUAACAGAAUGCAGUUGACCUGUGAAUUAAAUUCAACUGGGAAUCAAAGUGGGUAAGGAAUGCAAGGGAUUCAUGUAGACUCUCAGAAGUAGGGGAUAAUUAAGUAGGCAUGAUAAAAGCGUCUGCCAAAUAAAUGUAAUGUACACCAUAUGACAUACACACUUUCUGAAAAAGAACCACCGGUGAACACCAUUGCCAGUAUAUUCAAUACACACUAUGUGUUCUUCAUUUUAUGUCACUCCAUGCUGCUGGGAGGCAGACAACCUUGUUCAGAUGUUUCUAAGUUGCUUGGCACAACUCGGGAUCAUUGACACACAAUUUCAUCAAAAUUUUGUGCCAGGAAUUUGAGCGCAUUUCUUUGUCUCUACAACGCAUAAAAUGCACGAUCAAUCAUAAAAAUGACGAAAUCCUAGCAAGAGUUCAGCAACUCUUUCAAAAGCAUUCAUCUCAUAAGUACUCCAGUCAUGUGGCAGAGGAGAGAGUGACACAUUCGAUCAACUAACCGAGACAAUGCUCCCAUAAGACAGUACAAUGAUGAGAUGAACUGAAAAAAAAUGAACUCUGUCCCCUGAUCAGUGAACUGUGAUGCAACCAAACAUGUGAUAUUUGAUGGACCAAAUGCAGACUGGGGGAGGUCUGUGAAUUGGUGGACUGUGAACUGCUUGCAAACAGUUUGCGCUGGGGGCACCACAUGUAUUUGUCUCUUGUUCAACACUUACUGUUUGGUUCAAAAAAGUUCUGUUCCAUACAUACAGCACCUUCAGGUUGGCUGUAUGUAGAGAGCAAGCAUUUCUGAUUCAUUGCACACCAGCAACCCUUGCUGACUGAUCAGGCACCCACAAGUCUGUCUGUAAAGCUGCACAUGAAGCAUCUUCCUCUGACUGCUGUCUGUGUGAACCUGAUGUGUGAGCAGCGGUGCGAAGAGAACUUGGCAUUGUAUGUUUUGGAGGACAGAAUGUGCUUGUUUUCAGGGGAUAUUGUAGCAAGUAUUGAUAUAUACAACUGGGCAUUCCAGAUUGGGAGAAAUGGGGGGCAGGCAUUUGAAAAAGGUAGCUUUACAGUGGCGUAACAGACAGGUUUUUUGUGCUCGGCCUCAUAGCUAUCGGAAAACGUUUGCCUGUCAUCAGAAACUAAGUUUUCACCCAGUUUCACCUCUGACCAGUAUACCUACAUAAAGUUCAGGAGUUGGGUCGACCGUCCCUGACCACAGCUUCCUCUCAAAGAUCCAGACAUGAUGUUCUGCUGGACCGGAGACGCACAUGCUCUCCACCCUUUUUUUCUUUUUCCCUGUAGUUUUUUUUCUCUUUUGCUCUCUUGUUCCCUCAAUUUCUCAUUCUCUCGCUUGCUCUUUCUCUCUCUCUCUCUCUCUCUUUCUGUCACCGUGUCUGCAGCCUCAUGUGAAGACUGCUUUAUGUCCUAUUGCUACUCCAGAUAUUCAGCAAUGAAAUGCAAUUAUUUAUGCCUCCUGUUUGGUGGGACAGACAUAUUUUGUGAGCAGAGUGUAAAGGGGCAAAGGAACUAGCACUCACUGUGUGUGUGUGAGUCUGGGUGAGAGGGUGUCUGGGUGUGAGACUGUGUGUGUGUGUCUGGCUGAGUCUCGGUGAGUGUGUGUUUGGGUGUGUCUGGGUGCAUGAAAGUGUGUAUUUGUCUGGGUUUGUGUGUGUGUGUGUGUGUGUGUGUGUGCACGCAGUAAAUAAAUAAAAAACAAUGGGUGACAUAGUAGAAUGUUUGAGCAGGUCAGUGAGGCUGUGCUUAAUGAAUGAAGCUGCCCAGAUGCAGGUGUGCUGUGCCAAGGAAACACUUAUACACGCGGAGCACUAGACUAUGUCAUGAUUAAACUCAGUUUCAUUCAGUUUCUGUUCAGUUAAGUUUUAUUUCAAUAUAGAAAGUUUCACACCAGUGUAUCCCAGGGCAAUUAGCAGGUAAAAUCAAUCUACAAUUGAUACAGUCUGGUCAAUUGCCUGCAAAUGAAAGCAGAAUCAAAGAGAAGUACUUUCAGUUGUUAUACAACAGCCAUAUUUUGGCAUUCCUGUUCUUAGCUGUCAGGGAGUUCCACCAACAUAUUACAGUACUGUAACUCUGUUAUGUCCCAGUGUUUUUUGUGCUUUGUAUUUUGUUGCUGCCGUGUUUGUUUCUGUCUCCGCUAUAGAGAGAGAUAAUGACGUCACGGUCCUGUUGUGGAGAUGCCAAUCCAAAGAUAUGCCUGAGACAGGAUGCUUGCCAGCGCCUGGCAACCAGACUGAGGGAUGCCUGUUGAAGACGCCCGGACCAUCGUGGAAAAGCGUUAUGAGAAAGAUGCCGGACUAUAUUUUGAGAAUGUGCAUCUUUUCUGUCAGUUCUGAAUUUUGCAGUCUAUUGCCUACUGUCUGCAGCCUGCUUAUCUUGGCAACACUAUCUUUGUUUACAACCUUUUCUAUAACAUGUAUAUUAAAUUGCCACAUGUAGCCCUUGUAUUACCUUUCAGUUAUAGAAAGCCCAUUUGAAAGAAGAGUGCAGCUUGUCAAGUUAAUCAGCGGUUAUAUCAAUUUCUACUUCGGAUAUCCAAGAGAAAUAGGAGGUUGGAUUUAUCACUCUGGCGUAGAUCACAUCUAUUCACUGACUGCCCAGUGAUUUUCCUAACAUUUUUGGGAUAGAAGUAUCUAGAUCCCUGCUUUGCUGUACAAUAAAUGCCUGCUUGAUUUUUA